AUGCGAUUUGAUCUUGGGCAGCGCCAGGAUCAGCCUGGCUUUGUCGUCCUCGGUCGCUCUCGUCUGCAUCGACUCCUGCGGUCCCGAGCCGACGGCGUGCGCGUAAGUCAUGUCGGCGGAUGGGCUUGGGCGCAGCAGCGCGUCGUCGGAUUCAAGACAAGCUUUGGAACCUCGACCCGCGCUGAGGACUGA